AUGUUAAUACACUUAAACGUGACCUGGCCUCCUUUCUCCAUUUUCCCCUUUUCCCCUUCGCGCGCCAUUGAGCUUCACCAAAAAAUCAGAGAAAGCUCACUCUCACGCCGUCACUCGUCACCCUCACGCCGGUGCCUCUUCCCCACGCCGUCACUCGUCACCCUCACGCCGUCACCGUCGCCCCUCUUCCCCACUUCCCACUCACCACUCACGCACACCACUUCGCCACUGGAGAAUCGUCGCUCCUCUUCAUCCUUCUGCUCUGGCUGUCACUUCGAGCUCACCAUCGGGAAGAUCUGCACUCAGCAUCGUCCUCUCUUCGCUCACCGUCGUCGAGAAGGGUGUUCUCAAGAACAGGGCUAUUAUAAUGGCAUGUGUGUGCAACAGUGCUACUCUGCGAAUUUGCUUCAACUUGCGUUUUGCUUACUCUGGAAAUUUCUAAGGUUAAAGAGGCUAUUUCAAUAGCAAAUAAUGCAUGCUGGGCUCUUGGAGAACUUGCAGUUAAGAUGGUUGGGAUUUCUCUGUGAACAAGAAUUUGAUGUAUUAAGUAUUAACUGGAAAGAAGAGACAAAGCUAUGCAAGGUUUACAACUCCGUCCAACCGAUAAAUUCGAUUUGGGUCAUCUUCUAUUUCCGCAGUAUCAAUCUUGUAGUAUAGCUUAGCUUGCCUUACUUUCUGAAUUUUUCGUUUUUGUGGGGUAUGGUGUGUAGAUUGGUAAUUCGUAUCAAGCGAUUCCGAAUUCUAUGUAUAGGGAUAACACAAGUAAAUCGAAUGAGAUUGUAUAGCUUUACAUUAGAGCUCGAGUACUACUAAAUCGAAUCAGCAUGUAUCGAUUUAGUAUAUGUAAUUCAAAUUUGUCCAAUUCGAUUUACUAUGUACAAAAACCAUGAGCUAAAUCAAAAUCCACUAAUUUGGUUUAC